AACAUGACCACCUGCAGCCGCCAGUUCACCUCCUCCAGCUCCAUGAAGGGCUCCUGUGGCAUCGGUGGCGGUUCUAGCCGCAUCUCCUCUGUCCUGACUGGAGGAUCCUGCCGGGCUCCCAGCACCUAUGGGGGCCUGUCAGUCAGCUCCUCUCGCUUUUCCUCUGGGGGAGCCUGCGGCAUGGGGAGCAGCUAUGGUGGGGGCUUCAGCAGCAGCAGUUUUGGAGGAUAUGGUGGUGGCAUUGGCUGUGGCAUUGGUGGUGGCUUUGGUGGUGGUUUUGGUGGUGGCUUUGGUGGUGGCCUUGGUGGUGGUGAUGGACUCCUGGUGGGCAGUGAGAAGGUGACCAUGCAGAACCUCAACGACCGCCUGGCCAGCUACCUGGACAAGGUGCGCGCCCUGGAGCAGGCCAACACUGACCUGGAGGUGAAGAUCCGUGACUGGUACCAGAGGCAGCGGCCCGCUGAGAUCAAAGACUACAGCUCCUACUUCAGGACCAUCGAGGACCUGAAGAGCAAGAUCAUCGCGGCCACUCUGGAGAAUGCACAGCCUAUUUUGCAGAUCGACAAUGCCAGGCUGGCAGCUGAUGACUUCAGGACCAAGUAUGAGCAUGAGCUGGCCCUGCGUCAGACCGUGGAGGCCGACGUCAAUGGCCUGCGCCGGGUGUUGGAUGAGCUGACCCUGGCCAGAGCCGACCUGGAGAUGCAGAUUGAGAAUCUCAAGGAGGAGCUGGCCUACCUGAAGAAGAACCAUGAGGAGGAGAUGCUUGCCUUGAGGGGUCAGACUGGUGGGGAUGUCAACGUGGAGAUGGAUGCAGCCCCUGGCGUGGACCUGAGCCGCAUCCUGAAUGAGAUGAGAGACCAGUAUGAGCAGAUGGCCGAGAAGAACCGCAGGGAUGCAGAGGCCUGGUUCUUGAGCAAGACUGAGGAGCUGAACAAAGAAGUGGCCUCUAACAGUGAGCUGAUACAGAGUGGCCGCAGUGAGGUGUCAGAGCUCCGCAGAGUGUUCCAGGGCCUGGAGAUCGAACUACAGUCCCAGCUCAGCAUGAAAGCGUCCUUGGAGAGCAGCCUGGAAGAGACCAAGGGCCGAUACUGCAUGCAGCUGGCCCAGAUCCAGGGUCUGAUCAGCGGUGUGGAGGAGCAGCUGGCUCAGCUGCGCUGUGAGAUGGAGCAGCAGAGUCAGGAGUACAAUAUCUUGUUGGACGUGAAGACGCGGCUGGAGCAGGAGAUCGCCACCUACCGCCGGCUGCUGGAUGGCGAGGAUGCCCAAAUCUCCUCCUCGCAACACUCAUCUGGCCAUUCCUAUUCUUCCAGAGAAAGAGAAGUCUUCUCCUCAUCCUCUCGCCAGCCCCGGUCCAUCCUUAAAGAGCAAGGCUCAUCCAGCUUCAGCCAGAGCCAAAGCCAGAGUUCCAGGAACUGA